CCGGGGGCGGGCGGACGCGAUGGCCUCGGUGCGGGCACGGACGGUGCUGCUGACCGGUUCCAACCGCGGCAUCGGGCUGGAGCUGGUCCGGCAGCUGCUGGGGACCCCCAGACCCCCCGCCUGGAUCUUCGCCACAUGCCGGGACCCCGAGGGACCCCGGGCCCAGGAGCUGAGAGAUCUGGCCUCCAAACACCCAAACCUGGUUCUUGUGAAGCUGGAUGUUGCAAACCCCUCGGCGAUCACUGAGGCCGCGAAGGUGGUGGAGGGGAAGCUGAACGGCGCGGGCUUGAACCUGCUCAUUAACAACGCUGCCAUCUACACCCCCACGGCCUCGCUGGAGGUGGUGGAUGCUGAGGACAUGAUGAGGACCUACCAGACCAAUGCGGUGGGGCCACUGCUGAUGGCCCAGGCAUUCCUGCCCCUGCUGAAGAAGGCUGCCCGGGAGAGCACAGAAAAGGGCCUGAGCUGCAGCAAGGCAGCCAUCAUCAACAUCUCCACUGUCAUGGGGUCCAUCGAGAGAACUGCUGCAUCCUUCAUCAAGCCUGUCAUCUCCUACCGCUGCAGCAAGGCUGCCCUCAACAUGCUCACCAAGUGCCAAGCCCUGACCUACGGGGACGCCGGGAUCCUCUGCGUGGCCCUUCACCCUGGCUGGGUGAAAACAGACAUGGGCACCCAGGAGGCUGACCUGACAGUGGACACCAGUGUGCGGGGGCUGCUCUCUGUCCUGCCCAUCCUCUCUGAGAAGCACAGCGGGACCCUGCUCAACUGGGAAGGUAAAGCUAUUCCUUGGUGACCACCCUGUGUCCCUGCGAGGGACCCCACCGUGCCAGGGGAUGCUCUGGGUGCCCUGGAGCACCAGGAUGCUCAGCCCUCCGUGGUCUGCAAGGGCGUGUGGGGCAGACUGGGAUCCCCCCACACACCUUCACGUCACUAAUAAAUACAGUCAAUUAGUA